UCUUGCAAAGGCGGUUUGGAUCUUGUGAAUAAUGAAGCUUGGAAAAGAGUUGCAAUAGGGGGGAACACUUUAUUAACCCCAAUUAUGAUUGAAGAAGUUACCGAUCCCAUGUCCGCAUCGAUGGCAGCAACGCAUUUUUCUGAGGCCGUAGAAAUUGAAAUGCGAAAGUGUGACUUUAAUAAGUCGGCCGACUUAUGCCGAGACAUUCGUCUAUGGUGGGAAUCGGACGACAGUUCCGGACAGACCGCUGCCGAGAGGUUUUUUAAUAGAGAUCUACUGAGGUCACGUUUGUUGUCACACGUAAACUUUGGAAAAUUUCCGCCACCGACAAUGCAUGUUGCUGGAUGGCCAUGGCAGCUUUGGGAGGCACUCAUAUCUCAUAUUGAUGCAAAAACGCAAUUGUAUUUCCUCUGUCAUGGUGGCAGUUAUAAUGUAAGGGCGUUCAGCAGUCUAAUUGGUGAGACGUUCUUUUCUGAAUUGUCACUCCAUGACAAGACAGGUUGCGGGACCGUGUCGGCGGAAGAGUUUGGUCGAUUCAUAGGAACUGCAACAGAACAGCUUCAAGUUCGACUCGACCCAAAUAGAAAGUAUGUAUACAGAACCGGGCGGUCACACGUGUACAAGCUGACGGAUGCAAGUGAGAUGACAUCCACCAACAGCUGUCAAGACGAAUGCCGAUUGUGCAGGAAGGAUGGUCUACUAACAUGUGUUCAAAUAAAGGACCAUGAGUUUGACAAAAGAGAAAGAUCGACAAGGGUCAAAUUAGGAACUGUAUCUACAAACAGAAAUGCCAUUCACAAAGGAACACUGGGGGUUCGGUGGGAAAAAGCUCGACGAAACGAAUCAAAGAUGCUUUUAACAUCCAGGAUGGGAAUUAACGACUAAAACAACAGAAAAACUUUGCUAGAUGAAAGCAUGAUUUGUUGGUACUAAUUUGGUUUAACUACGCUGCAGAACGCAGAAAUUAAUGUCCGGGUAUUUUUUUCCUAUAGAUGCCUAGCGCGAAACUCUAUUAAGUGACGUCGUUAAAUAGUUACAUACAUGUAACGUCGUUUUCAUUUAAAAGUGAUAUGUAAAUUAAGUUUCCAAAAAGUUAACAUUCUAUGUGGAUGCAGUUAUUCAAUUUAUCUUUCUUUGUGGCUGCAGUUAUUCCCUUCAUCAUCAAAAAUACUAUUUCUUGUUACAUUGCAUUUCUAAGUCAAAUUUAUAACAUUUAUUCUAGAGCGCGUUUUAGUGUAUGCAUUUUACUACAAUAUGUCCGUGAACUGUUAGAAACUAUUUUAAAAACAAAGCUCUACCCAUAAUUAUUGCAGAAUAGCCCGCACUUGAUUUUCGUCUUUGUCUAGAUAGACAUGAUGUGUGUCGUGGUAGAAUUGCAAACAUUAGA